UAAAGAUGUUUCUUUUCACAACACACUUUGAUUUGGCCAAAAAAAAACAGCGUCUUAAGCUUUUGUGUGGUAACAAAGAGCAAGAUAUCCACAAUACCCAUUCUCUUCCGACCCAUGCUUUGUCUGUUUAAACCGGCUUUGUAUACUACAGAGGCAUCCCCAUCCUCUCACUGCACAUCGCUGGCGGGAUAGCUCUAUACCACACAUCACACACGUAUUUCCUACCCGCAAGAAAGAAAAAGAAAAAACCCCGUACAACCAGCAAGUAAAAAAAAAGUUAUGGCUAAACCAGAAAAAAAGACCAACCCACCAAACCAACCCACUCAGGCAAACAAAACAAACGGCAUCACCAAAUCCUACCACCAAACCCUCGCCCAACGCCGCCUCAGACUCCGCAACAACCCCGGCUUAUCCCAAAAACUCACCCAAAUGCGCCUCACCAUUGCCCCAAUCGUCCACGUCUCAACCUCCCUCGCGGCCCCAGACUUCCCCACAACACUCCUCUCCCUCUUCCUCCUCACCGAACCCCAACUCGACGCCCUGGCACACUACUACUCGCAAACCUUGCCCUCAUGCCACCUCACGCACGCAUACCCGGGAACAAUGAACUGGAGCCAACCUUUUCUCGACAUGAGCGAUGAGCUUCCUGAGGAUUGCAAGCUGGAUAAGCUGGAGAGGUUGAAGAUCAAAAUGAGGAUGUUUGCACGAUUUGUUGGGAUGAGGGGGGCUGAGACGCCUGGGUGGGAGUAUGAGCGGCAGAUUGAGAUUUUGGGGAAUAAGGUGAGGUGGGAGGUUAGGAGGGAGGAGGAAGAGGAGGAGAGGAGAGGGAAGGUGUUUGAGGGACCGAGGAGGUUGAAAUGAGAAGGGGUUGUUGUGUAGGGGAGUUCUUUUUUUUUGACUCUUUGAGCAUUGGCAUAGCGAGGAGUAGGGUUAUGUAGCAUAUACGCUUUGUCUGGUAUUUGUAGCCUUUUGCAAAAAGAGAUUUUUUCAAAUGUUAGAUAUCAUCGUUUUAUA